AUGGCUGUGCGAACCUAUGCUCAGGGUCCGGUUGGCGGUGCGCACCCACCGCCGGAGCAAGGAGGUUCUCGUUCCACCGGCACUACGCGCAUGCUAGGUCUCUCCAUCGCCACGCUAGCCGUAGGCAUUGGCGGUUUCUUUUUGCUCUCCAAGGACACGCGCAAAGCGGCAGUGAGCGCCUCGGGUCAACCUACAGUGAGCAAGAUUUCCGGCUCCAAGGAUCGAGCGGCUCAGAUCUUGAAGCAGGAGAGCGAUGCGGCUCAGUCGGAAUUGAAAAAUGUUGAGCAGAAGGCGGCUGGAGCUGUGAAAGAGGUUGGGGAGGAGAUCAAGCAGGCCGGUCAGCAGGUCAAGAGCAAGCUGUCCUGA